CGAACACUUGUCAGUUUUAAAUGUAGUCUAUGGUGGAGCAUUACUCGUGAAGUCGGGAGGAAAAAACCCAUUCUUUUUCCUAGUUCUUUGUGAUUUGUUUUAAAAUUCGAAUCAGUGAAAUGUCGGGAAGGAAUAAUACUUGAUAACCAUGGAUGACACGUUAAGUGUAGGGGAUACUGUUUGUUUUUAUUCGGCAGAAAGUUUUGGAUUUAUUUUUUCUACCCAAUCAAGUUCUGUACACAAUGAAAUAGCCGUAGGAGCCAGACAGGACAGGAAGAGGCCCAAUGUUCAAGACCAGCAUGUGAUUUCCUUCAAUAUAGAAGUGGCCAAUCGAUACAAAUUGAACAAAAGUUACAGGAAGUUGCAAGCCAAACUAGCAGAGGAACCAGGAAAUAUCCCACUCAGGAAUUCUGUGUCAAAGGCCAAGCUUGCUGCUGAAGCAGAAAAUGAAGACAAUGUCCUGGAACAGAAGAGACAGCAGGGGAAAAAAGUUCUGUAUGGACAGAUCAUACAGUUGCGGCACCUGUUCACCAAUAAGUACAUCCAUGUUAGCACCACGAAGACGUCCAACACAGAAACCAAUAACAUGGCGGUGGAGUUACUGGCAGAUAAUGCCAAACACGCACAGUUCCGCAUCAUGCCGCGAUACAAGGUCAAGGCGGAGGGUGACGUUGUCCAAGUUGAUGACCAGGUGGUGUUGGAGAGUGUAAAAUCCUCAGGUUCUUACCUUCACGUCAGCAAAGGUUUACUGGGACUGGUGUCUGUCUACAGCAAAAGCCAUGAGCUGAACCUGUCAGUGCAGCAGUCCGGGUUCACCAUCUACAGGAAGUACAAGCCUGCCCCCGAGGAUAUGAACAGGGUAAAAGUAGGGGACAUCAUCCGCUUUUACCACAAGGAAAUGGAGGCCUACCUCGUGGCAGAGGGCUUGUUUGAUGAUGAACUUCUGGAGGAUGUUCAUUUGAGGAUGAGGCCAAUGGACCCUGCUAACCCUAAGACACUGUUUCCCAGUACAUCAGCAGUGACAUACUGGCAGAUAGAGCUUCAGGAAGGACCUGUGCAAGGAGGGGUUUUGAAAUGGGAACAGCAGUGCAAGAUUAUCCACAUGUGCACACGGAAAUACUUGACAGUAAAGAACGGUCAUGUGACCCUGACUAGUGAUCACCUAGACCCAACCACUGUGUUCAGACUUCAUCCUGUCAUCAGGGAAAAUGACGACAUUCCGUUGGACAGCUACUGUAGAAUUGAGCAUGUCGUAUCAGGAAGCUGGCUCCAUGCCUUUCCAGAGGAAUACAAGAGAACACAGGUUGUAAAGACAGAGGAUAACCAAUCAAUGGCAUCACUGAAGUGGAGUACAGCUGAACUCAAACAGAACCCAGAAUUUUCAAGCCAAACUACAGCUGGUGGCAAAAAGAAAGUCAAUAAAAAACGGAGUCAGACUUUAUGCAUUGGGACAAUAGAAGAGAAGCAGUAUGAUGAUGCCUUUACUAUACAGGGCGUAGAAGAUGAACACGUAGAGAUCUUCCAUCACAUGGCUGGCAUGGUGCCCUUCAUACAGAAACUAGUGGCUGAUAAAAGAUCUGGAAUGACGCUGAAUGCUAAAAUGGCUCAUGACACUGUCACUGCUUUAGGAGAACUCAGUAGUUACAUGAUUGUGGAUGGACAGCCUGAGAAAAACAGACAGAAACUGAUGAGAAAUCUCAGGAUAGUGGAGUUACUGAUUUACUUAUUACAAAUCCCAUUUAGGGGAAGUCCCGAUCAGUUCCAUCUAACAAAGAUAUUUGUGGAGGCCUACAAUGUUCUCUAUACAUACCUGAUGGGAGACAGUAGAAAGAAUGAGUUGUAUAUUGCAAAAUACAUUGACUUUUUCCUGCCGCAGUUUGAGCUUAAGGAGGGUCAAAUUGGUUUGAAUGCUGCUCACAUGGUUAUGGAACUUAUCAAAGACAACCGUAAAAUUGUGGACAGGAUUUCCCAUGCCCACAUUGACAAGUUUGUGGAGCUACUACAGAGAGACAAGAACCACAGGUACUUGGAUCUUUUGGCUGUCUUGUGUGUUUGUGAUGGUGUGUCCAUCCCGGAUAAUCAGAAAUACAUUACAGAGGUCUGGCUCAUGAAAGGAAACAGACAAAACUGUGUAUACUACACUGAUCUUGGACAAAAGAUUGGGAAAGAGCAUGGGGUCGUGUAUGUGUCCACCAAUCAGGGCAGGAAGUGGAUAGAGCUUGCUGACUUUGCCAAGAAUCGCUCAGGGGAGGAGUAUUUAUUCCUGGAACAUCAGCUGGAACUGUUCGGGGAUCUGUGUCAUGGUCAGAAUGACUUCUCAAUUAAGGUCAUUACCCAAGAGUUGAACUAUUUGACCUGGGAGGAAGCAUUUACUUGUCUGAGUGAUGACCGUCUGCCGGACAAACUAAGGUCUCAGUACUGUGACCUUAUCAUCACCAUGUUUGUUGACAUUGGUGACAACCAUUCAGUUAUUGAUCGAGUCAAGCUGUCCUAUAUCUACGAUGAAAUCGAUUCUUUUGAGACCAUAUCUAAAAUAAUUGUUGGCCCUGUUGCACAUGCAUCCAGAAAGGAUGAGAUAGACCACAGUCACUCGAUGACGUACCAGGUGUUCCCCACCCUCAGUGACUGGAUCUCACACUUCCUGAAAAACAACAGCGACAUGACCGCCUCAUUAGUCGGCAACAACAUGCUGGUCAAACAGGUUCUUCGAUUGGUCCAUUAUUUGGCAUCAUUUGGAUUCUAUUACAAACCAGAGGACAUUAAGAAGUUGCUUGAGCCUUUGAUGUCACUUAUUGACGGCAGAAAUGACAAACCGUAUCCUAAUGUCACAGGGAAAGAUGCUGAUGAUGUUCUCAGAGUAUUUAGAACAAAAGAGAGGUUUGAAAGAAACACAGAAACCAAUGCUGUUGUCAGUGCCAAAUGCCAGGCGUUGGAAGCACUCAAUUUAUUCUACAACUACAUUUUCAACCUGAGAUUAGAGAAAUUCAUGAACAUGUUCAAAGUGACCCACACUCAAUCAAACACCCCUCAGAUGCCCCCGCCUGAACUCGGACCACUUCUGUAUGAGACCUUUGACCUUUCAACUCAUCAAGGGGUGUCUAAGAGUGCUUUGAGGAAGUUGAAGGAGAUUUUUGACCAGACGAAUUACCUGAAGUCCUAUGAUUUGGUUGAUGUGCUGAAGGACUUGUCUUUCUAUGAAUACGAUGAAAUGAUUCGGAUGUCCAUGCAUCUCCUGAACAGAUAUUACUCUGCUUAUAACCAGCUGUUCAGCAAUGCCGUACAGGCCCAGGUUUUGAUUACUGAGAAAUCAGUGGCAGUGUUCAAUGAAUUGGAGGACAUUCUUCCCCAUCUUAGACGCCUAGCCUCCGCCAAGCUUAGUAACAAACAGGCAGAGGAACUUGUUACCAUGUUAGACAAAUUAAUUUUAAUGUGCCAUUUAGACAAGGAGCCUGAUGAACCCCACGGCAUGAACCAGAGCAUCCUGUAUAAUCAUGGGGUUAUUGAGGACAUGUUCAGCAUACUACAGCAAGAAAUUGAUGUCAAACUCUUGGACCAGUACACAGGCCUGAGGAAUGUGUUCCAGAGAACCUUCACUCUGCUGAAGUUAAUGGCCAGGGGAAAUAAACUGGUCCAGGGUCGGUUGUUUAACCGUCUGGACUUACUGAUUUCUACUGAAGGAGCAGGGGAGGAGUUAGCAGAGUGUUUAACAGAGGUGUUUACUGGAAAUUCUAACACAUGUAUGAAAAUCAGUGGAAACCAAGUGCAAAAAAUAAUGACUCUAGUUGCUAAGAACAAAGAGAAUGUGCCCCAGUUUUUGGACUUACUGAAUGCUGUAGUUAAAGUGGAGGAACUAGACUUGCCAUUAAAGAGGAACCAGAGCUUUGUCAUGCAGUACUUCAUGCAGUUCAGAACAGAUAUAGCGCAUGUGAUAGACCAGGAUGAACAAGCCAGAAACAAGAUUUUAACAGAAGCAGGAAAUAAACAGCUACAUUACCUAAUAGCUAUGGUGGACAUGCUGGCAACGUGUGCUGAGGGUGAGAAUCGACACAUUGAAUCAAUCUGUCAGACAAUUUUCCGAAUUCCCGAACUUCUGCGCCUGCUGACCAAUCAGAGUAUCAGUAACAACUUUAAACAGCCCUUCCUGCGAUUCUUCCUCUGGGUAUAUCUCAACACUGCAGGAGGCAUGAUAGAGAGUGGGGCAGGAGACAUGCCACAUGACAAGAUGAUGUGGCAGUACCUGGGUGAGAUUACCAAAACACUGAAUCAGGUGGCUGAAUAUGGUAAAUCUGAUCCCGAGAAAACCAAACUUCUCCUCAAGAGGCCUCCAGCUAAAAGUGCUAGGGCCAGUGACCGUGGGGAGACGAAGGAGGAGGCAGUGAGAGGAACACUUCAUUACCUGUUUGAGGGGGUCAUGCCAUUCCUACAGAUAUUCUGUCGAUCUUUCUAUCAGCCUGAUGCCUCUAUGUUUCCUCAAGAACCAGAGGAAAUGGAUAAACUUGCCACAGCAUUUAAGGAUUUUAUGGAGGUGAUAGCUCCUUUGAUUAGUAUAGAACGUCAGAUGAAGAACUUGGUGUCCUGUAUGACUUCACUAUUAUCAGCAUCGACACUUCCUGUCCGGCUUAAGAUCCUGAAGUAUAUGGAAGAGUUCCAAGAAAAGUAUGGAGGAGGAAUUGCUUCCCAAGAUGUCAGAAGUGAUGCCAGAAAGGCCUAUGAGGAAUACUAUGAGAUGGAGGAGGAAAUUAACAAACAGCUGAAUGUGUUUGCCUGCAAUAUGAAGGUGGCUUAUGGAGGCCCCAACACGGUACAGGCACAAACAGGAUUCCCCUCAGAUCAGGAUUAUUCUGAGCUGGGAGGAGAUGAGGAACUACCCCUGGGUCAGGAAUUCCAGAAACAUUUGAAAUGUUUCAUUGACCCCACAGUGAAAAACCCAAUAAAGAAGUUACGGUUGAGUGAGAAACUCAUUAAACAACUCAUGAUUUCCUCUCAUUUGUCACGGUCACACUUGAACGAGAAGGAGAAACUGGAACAGGUUGACCUAGAUGUGAAGUGUCUGCAGCUCCUUCGCGGUCUGAUUCACAACGAGAUCGUCAAGCUUCCGGAGGACUGGGAGUCAGAAUCAUCGUCACACAGGAGAGAAAAAUUUAUCAGACGGCAAUUAAAAGCCAUAGAGGAUGUACAGGAUGCCCUGAACCACUUCAAUGUGGUGACCAGCACGCUGGAUCACUUGAACAGUUCACAGGAUAGUGUAGUUCGCGAAACUCUUGCCUUUUUAGCCAGUCUGCUGUUCAACGGGAAUGAAAAUGUUCAGAACAGUCUUAUAGCUUACUUCACUGGCACGAGAGAGGAGACAUUCUUCUUUGCCAUCAAGAACCGUAUACACAUGUCUGCCCUCGCUACCAGAGAAAAGCGACUUCUACAUGCCAUGCAUCAAGCCAAGGUGGAGGAAGCUGUACAACAAGCCAAGGCCCUCAGAAAAGCCAUGGAAACCGGCAAAAUUGCUCAGUCGGAAAUCAUGAAGGCUAAUCAGCUGGGAUCCAUGUUAUCAAUGGCCAAGAGAUCCAUGGCAAAUCUUAAGGCUGGAUCCAACCCUGGCUCAAGGAUGGGAUCCAGGUCCAAAUUAGGAUCCCAGUCAAAGCUCGGUAAAGGUAAAUCUACCCUGGGCAGUGGCCUCCUUCAACAGAACAUCAUGAUGAAUGGAGUCAACAAAUCUAGUUUACAGCUGAAUGGCUUUGCCAACCCUAAGUCAAAGGUCGCACCCAUGGACAACCCGGAGGUCGUCAUAGAGAAUGUAGAUGAGGAGGAACUUAAGGAACUGAUGGAUGCAGCAAUGAGCAGUUCUGGUGAACUCGAGUUCAAAGAUGAUGGCUACAUAGAGCUGGUGCUGAGGAUUCUUGGAUUGAUGUGUGACAACCAGCAUGAUGAAAUCCAGAAUUACCUGCGGGAGCAACCGGACAACAUCAAAUCUGUAAACCUGGUGGGAGAGACCACAAAGUUCCUGAACAUCCUCUACUCUAACAUCAGUGACAAGUCCAUGCCACUCGUCGUCCAGCUGUUUGACACACUGGUGGAAUUCACCUCUGGUAACCAGAAGAACCAGGCUAUUGUGUUUGACAACAAGGUGUGUGACUACAUCAACCACAUCCUGAGGGUGGGACACUUCCACAACUGUGGCAUCAAAGAGGAAUACGUGCUGAAGAAAUCUAUAGCCACAUUAAUCCGAUCACUAACUGAGGAGAAUCCGCCGCCAGAGGAGGAAGAUACCUUACUGGCCAAGCAAGAGAAAAAAGAGGAGAGAUAUCCCUCAGUGGCUGAAAUAAUGAAAGGGCCAGCCAGUGUGGAAGUGAUGGAGUACCUGGACGCUGAUCUGUGUGUGAUGACGAUGACAGAGGCAUACCAACAACUGAUGGAGAUGGCCAGAUCACCAGCAAACAAGAAGAGAGACCCCGAGUUUGAUGAGCUGUACAGUUUGAUUCAGGAUACAGGGUUCUCUUUUUACCACAUUCUCUGUCGUAAAAUGGAUCUAGAAGACGACACCAAAAAGAUGAAUCUUGUUAAGAACGAGAUGCAGAGCAUGGCCUGGGACUUCUUCGCAGACAGCACGAUGUCCAUUGAAGUUAUCAAGGACGAUAGUCUUCAGAAGAUUUACUUCAGAGUCAAGGACAGGAAUGUUUUGAGGGAGGAGAUUAAGGAGAAGUUUAAGUAUGAGGUAGACAGGACGACUCCGAGCAAUAAAAUACGAGAUUUCAUGGACUGGGCUAGUGACAUCAUUCAAGACAUCAAAUACCAACGCAAAGUUCACGCAAACAAAAUCGGCAGAAUGCUGGUCAAAUUAUGGAUCCCCAUGAACUACAUUGUGGUGUUUCUGAGUUUUGUCAUCAGUUGUGUCAUCAUGGUGACCUGGACUGACCCCAAACUGACAGAUGGGUCAUCUGACACUGGAAGUGCCAAGCCUGAGACGUUCAGUAACUACGAACCUUUUCUGUACACGUUUGGGGGUAUACACAAUGUCCUCAGUCUCUGUAUCCUCAUCACAUUUCUAGUCUCCAACAACCCCACCUUCCCGCCCUACACCUGGAUACAGAGCAAACUAACAUCCAAAGAUGAUGAAAAUGAUUUCCGAUCCUGGCAUGAGAAGAAGACGGGGCGUUCACACUUAGAGAUCGAAAUCUACAAUUUCAAAACUAUUUAUUACUUUAUCUUCUUUGCGUGUUCGGUUUUGGGUACAGUUUUCUAUGGAUACUUUUUUGCCUUCCAUCUUCUCCACAUGGCAGAGUUGAAUCAGUUACUAAAGAGAGUCAUCGCCGCAGUAACUACCAAUGGUAAAUCCCUGUUGAUGGUGGCGUUACUAGGGUUGGCGGUGUUUUUCUGCUACUCUCUCAUCUCGUUUGCCUUCUUCCGUGAAGUUUUCUUCCAGGAGGCGGCAGGACGACACUGUAGGACGGUGUACCAAUGCUUCAUCACCAUGAUCCACCACGGCUUUGUGGAUACACCUUAUACGACUAUUGAAGGCCUGAUGGAUGAUAAUUGGGACAGGGUCAUAUACGUGACUAUUUUUGACGUGACCUUCUUCAUCCUGGUAACUACAGUAGGAUUGAACAUCAUCUUUGGUAUCAUAGUGGACACCUUCUCCCAGCUCAGAGAUGCCAAGUGGGAGAUAGACAAGGAUAUGAUGAACAACUGCUUUAUCUGCAGCAGGGAGUCCUACGAUUUUGAGAGACAUGGCAACGGAUUUGAGAGACAUGUGAGACAGGAGCAUUACCAGUGGGCCUAUCUGUUCUUCUUCCUCCAUUUGGACGAGACACGGCCCAAUGACUACACAGCUCUGGAACUUCAUGUCUUUAAUCAGCUCCAACACAAUGUCUACGACUUCUUCCCCCUCAACAGAGCUCUCAGUCUUAUGAACGAGGAGAACACGAGCGAACGCAAGCUGGAGAAUCUCCGAAUAAACAUUGAAUACAUGGUCAACAAAAUGAAAGAAGAGGAGGCAGCCAAAGAAAGGGAGAAGGAGAGACAAAAGCAGAUUGCCUGGGAGGCUGAACAUAAGGCAACAAAAGCAGCCGGCCAGAAAGAAUAAACCUAGACUGACCAAUCAGUGCAAGGAAAACGACUGACCAAUCAGUGAAAAGAAAGACUGACCAAUCAGUGCAAACAAUUAUUUACCAAUCAAUGCAGGUUCUGCUGUGAAACAGUUGGAGCUUUUGAUUAUUUGUAAGGAGUAUGCAGUUGGUCAGAAUAUAUUUAUAUAUUGUGGCAUUAUUUUACUUUCAGUUUUUAAUAAAAACAAUUUCAGCAAAUAUUUUGACUUUGAAGAUGUGAUAAUGUUUGUCGGUGAUUACUCAGAGUAAACUCAUGUACUGAUGUGAUGUAAACUGAAUAUUGUACGUGCCGUAUAAAUAUAAAACUUGGUUUACUAUAAGAAUAAGUGAUCUAUGUUGAAUGAAUGGGACACUUCUUUGUACGAUUUGUUUGUUUAAUCAGUACUUGAAUACAUGUACCUUAUUAUGUUUUGCAAAAUGUUUGCAGUGAACAACAUUUUUAUUUUAUUUUUUUUGGUCUUAUAUAAUUACCAUGACAUUUUAUGACAUUUUAUAACAAAUUGUGUUUAUAAUAUUUAUGUGGCUUGAACGAAGAUACAUCCCAAGUGUCUGAGCAUGAGAGAAAUGUAAACUACAAAAUUGAUUGAGUGAAUCUUAAUUUUUGUAGUGUUUUGAAUAUAUGUAUAAAUGUAAUGAAAAUUAUAAAUUCAAACUAAUAAAUAAGUUUACAAACUGUAGUAUUAUCAAUCACUGUGAUAUUAAGAUUUGGUAAAUUACAUACCUUCAAUAUUUUUAGUUUUUAUUAAAAAAAUUAUAAAAGACA